AUGUGCGGCAUCCACGCCGUCCUCACUCCCCCGGGCAUCACCCACACCGCCUCCCCAGACCUAACCCGCUGUCUCUGCAACCGCGGUCCAGAUUACCUCGGCCAGGUUGAGAGGCGCGUCACCUCCUCCUCUUCAACCACCAGUGACUCCUCGGACAGCUGGAAAUUAAAGCUCACAUCCACCGUCCUCGCUCUCCGCGGCGACCACGUCGCCAAACAGCCUCUCUCCUGCCCAGACACGGACAAAGGUUCCGUACUCUGCUGGAACGGUGAGGCGUGGCGCAUCAAUGGUGAACCCGUCAGUGGCAACGAUGGAGAGGAGAUUUGGCGGCUGUUGAGGGAAGUGGAAGCUAGUGCUUCUGCUACUGCUACUUCUUCAACAGAGGAGGAAAAAGAAAAGAAAAUUCUGGAUGUUUUCCGGGCCAUUGAAGGUCCGUUUGCCUUUGUUUACUGGCAUGAAGCGGGCCGCAAAGUUUUCUUUGGUAGGGACCGGCUGGGAAGGAGGUCGCUUAUGAUGAAGAGGGAUGAGCGAACCGGAGAGGUGGUGUUUUCGAGUGUUGCGGAGGGGGUGGCUGGUGGUGGUGACAACGCCAACGCUACUGCCAAUGCUACUGCCAUCGGGUGGAAGGAGGUGGAGGCUGAUGGGAUUUAUGUGCUUGAUUUGGGCUUGUUGCCUUCGUCAGGCGAGGGUGUAACACCUGCGGUGUUGGAGCCAUUGCGGAGGGAUUGGAUCGAGGGCGUUGACCCCGCCGAGUUUGUUUCCAGCAUAGGCAGAUUCAACAAGUCUCUCCCUCCCGCCUCAGGCUACGCGCCACUGUCAGCGACUUCGCCCUCGGUGGCGGCGCUGAAGCAACAACUUAUCGACUCCCUGUCUCUGCGCGUCCUCAACAUCCCACAGCCUCCAGGUGCAGACAAGGUGGCACACGACACUCGCGUCGCGGUGCUCUUCUCCGGAGGUCUGGAUUGCACCGUCCUUGCAAGACUGGCCCACGAGGUCAUGGACCCGGAGCAAGGGAUCGAUCUCCUGAACGUGGCGUUUGAAAACCCGCGCGUUGUAGCCCAGCUGCGCAAGGAUCAUGCCAAGAACAACGGCGGCAAUGGUGAGGUCGAUGUCGAUAGCAUCGACUUCUACGAGGCCUGUCCCGACAGAAUUACUGGCAGGAAAUCGUUCGCCGAGCUGCAGAGAGUCUGUCCUGGACGGGCCUUUCGGUUUGUAGCUGUAAACGUCCCCUACACCGAAACCCUUUCCCACCGCCAACAGGUCAUCUCCCUCAUCUACCCGCACAACACCGAAAUGGAUCUCUCCAUCGGCUACGCCCUCUACUUCGCCGCCCGCGGCCAAGGCUCGUGCACCCACCUGGACGGCCGGGUGGAGGAGCAGUACACCUCCCCCGCCCGCGUCCUCCUGUCGGGCCUGGGAGCUGACGAGCUCUUCGGCGGUUACUCCCGCCACCCGUCCGCCUAUGAGCGGGCCGGGUACGCCGGCCUUGUUGACGAACUCUUGCUAGACGUUGGUCGUCUGGGCAAGCGGAACCUUGGUCGAGAUGAUCGGGCCAUGUCGCACUGGAGUAAGGAGGUGAGGUUUCCUUAUCUGGACGAGAGGCUGGUCAGGUGGGCGAUGGACACGCCGGCGUGGGAGAAGUGUGACUUUGAGAAUGAGGGAGGGGAAGUCGAGGCUGGCAAGAGAGUUUUGAGGCUGCUUGCUCUGGAGUUGGGUAUGGAAGGUGUGGCGAAGGAGAAGAAGAGGGCUAUUCAAUUCGGCGCAAGAACCGCCAAGAUGGAAAGCGGACGGGUAAAGGGAACCACCCUGAUUUCUUAA